UCAGGAUGAGAAUGAUUGUUGCUCUACUUCUGCUGUGCUGCCUGUUACUCAGUGAGGGACAAACCCUCAACAAAAAAAAAGUGCAACAAUUUCCGGACAAAGAAAAAAGCAUCCAGCCCAACAUCUGGAAUGACAUGAGUGAUUUGAGAGACAUGGUGGUGGAGCUCAGAGUUGAGUUAAAGAUGCAGAAGAUAGAGAAUGCAAUGCUUAACAAGCGAUUGAUGGUCAGUGAAACCCAGCUGGAAGAGCUUAUAAGAGUAAAUGCAGAACAACCAAAAGUGGCAUUUUCAGCUAGCUUGUGUAAGAUGCGGGAAUACUUAGGUCCCUAUGACACUGACAUCACACUUAAAUACAAAAAUGUCUUCACAAAUAUCGGCGAAAACUACAAUCUAACAACAGGUAUCUUCACAGCACCUGUUAAAGGAGUCUACUACUUCAGAUUCACUGUGUGCAGUGUUCAAGGAAGAAAUUCAUUGGGUGCUGAUUUGUAUAAGAAUGAGAAGAUGAUUGUGUCAGUAGGACAGUGGCGAGAUCAUAAUGAGCACAGAUAUGCGUCAAACGCAGCUGUCCUGCAGCUGGAAGCAGGAGAUGUAGUUUGCAUGAAGCUCAUGAAAGGUUACACCAUUUAUGACAGUCCCGGUAACCUCAGCACUUUCAGUGGAUUCCUGAUUUACCAUUUAUAGUGACAUGCCAUUGCACAUUGUCAUUUACUGAUUAACAAAACAGCAUACAUGUUUCUUGGAAUUAAAAGUUUGACUGCUAAGUUUUAA